AUGACAGAGGUAUGCAUGAUCUGUGUGUCUAAAUUGCAGCUUCAGGUAGAUGGUGGUUUUAGCCAGAGUAUGAAUUCAAAGGCGUUGUCAGCUCCCAAUCUCAGUGCAAUGGAUUUCCCUGCUCUUUCUAUGCAAGAAAGCCAGAAUGGCUCCUCAAAGUAUCCUAGAGAUGAUAUUCAGCAAAGUAUAAACUCAUCAUACCAAUCUCCUGAGAAAGAGAACAUGCUCAUGUUUAAGUCUGGUCCAUCCUUUCCAUCUAGAGGAGCAACUGAUUUUGCUUCAGCUGUUAGGAAAAUGGCCCUUCAAGAUUCAAAUGUGUGGAAAUACGAAAGGAAUGGUCCUGCUGAUUCCUCCACAGUUGGUUCAAGCAGAAGUUCGAAUGUUCUGGCUAGUGCAUAUAGUAGUUCCCAAGGGAGAGCCAUGUAUACGGAUAGGUUACAGAAUCGUACUUCUUCUCGAGCCACUCCGACUUGGCUUGAAACUGGAGAAGCAGUUGCAAAUUUGUAUUCUGAGAUGCGGGAAGAAGCACGUGAUCAUGCACGUUUGAGGAAUGCCUACUUUGAACAGGCACGCCAAGCAUAUCUCAUAGGAAAUAAAGCCUUGGCUAAGGAGUUGAGUGUCAAAGGGCAGCUGCACAAUGUGCAGAUGAAGACAGCCCAUGGGAAAGCACAGGAUUCGAUAUACCGACAGAGGAACCAAGGUGGCCUGGAGACACAGGGAAACGGCAGAGUUGGACAUGAGCGGAUGAUAGAUCUACAUGGCCUGCAUGUAAGUGAAGCCAUUCACGUGCUGAGGCACGAGUUAGGUGUUUUGAGGAGCACUGCCAGAUCUGCAGAUCAGCGGUUACAGGUUUACAUAUGCGUUGGAACAGGGCAUCACACAAGAGGUGCUCGAACCCCUGCACGACUUCCAAUUGCUGUACAGCGGUAUCUGCUCGAAGAGGAGGGCCUUGACUACUCCGAACCCCAGCCGGGGCUCCUCAGGGUAGUGAUGUACUGAUGAGAUGAAAACAGACACGACAUGUUUGAGAUAUAGGAGUAUUGUUUUUUGACACCACAUAUGCAAGGUCCAUGCUAGUCAUAGUCAUCAUCGAUCUUUCGUCAUUCUUGUAUCUGUACAUGGGAAGAGAAACGGAAGUGAAUGUAGAUGAUGAAAUCCGGAAAAUAAGAAAAAGAGGAAGGGCAGAAAAGGAGGAGCCGACAGGUCCAGAGCAGUUGAAGGUUAGGAAGGACGGUGACAACUGGAGAAAGGAUGAAAGUAGAAGUGUAUGGUUAACCUUUUGAUCACAUCAGUACAUCUUGUGUAGCCAACCAGGAGCGGAUGAUUUAGCAUCGGCCAGACAAGACCCUUUUCGCAGCCUGUUCUGCAUUUUGUUAGUUUUGUACCCUAAAAAUCUUUAUUGUUUUGUUUAUACUGUUUUUUGGUAUGUUUUAUUUCUCAGAUGUAAUUGGAUAGAAUUGAAUUUACAGGAUAGCAGAAUUCACAGACCCCCCCCC